AUGGCGAAGCUUCUGAUCCUCGCUGUUUUGUUAUUUUUCUCAUCCAAAACAGGAGUAAGUUCCGUGGGAACAACCACCAGUCCUCAACAACAGAAUCCUCAAGCUAGCGCUGACAAAGACCCAUGUGAGAAAUCCAUUUUUGCUCACGGAUUUUCUGGGAUUCCAGGAUCGAAUGGCAUACCAGGAAUGCCGGGAAUUCCUGGCGCUCCAGGGCCGCAAGGACAACAAGGAAAAGAUGGAGCUAAGGGGGAUCCUGGUGUCAAGGGACUGAGAGGUAUGACGGGAACAAGAGGACAAAAAGGAAAUGCAGGGUCACUUGGUAAAAAUGGUGCACCUGGAAUGAUGGGAAUAAAAGGAGAUAAAGGUGACGAAGGAUCACGUGGCAGCAGUGGACCGCCAGGAAUCAAGGGUGUGAAAGGAGAGCAGGGAUCUAAAGGAGAGAAAGGAGAAAUCGUGAAUAGUGCAGUGUUACAGACUAACUGGAAACAAUGUGUGUGGAAAAAUCUGAAUGAUAAUAGAGAUAGUGGAAAGAUUAAGGAUUGCUCAUUCAACAAGCUGCAGUCUGAUACAGCCAUUAAAGUCUCAUUCCAGGGAAAUAUGAGAGUACACAGCUCUUCUAAAUGCAACAGGUGGUUCUUCAAGUUUAAUGGAAAUGAAUGCAGUGGACCAAUGACAAUUGAGGCUGUUGUGUACAACGCCUGGGCAUCUGGGAGUCCUGAUCUGCUUCAUCACAGAUCAUUUGAGGGAUACUGUGAAAACAUUCCACAAGGCAGGGUUACUGUGGAGUUAUGGGUAGGACAGUGUCCAAGUGGCAAUAGACUGGGUGAUGCUUACACUGGAUGGCAAUCAGUAUCACGGAUAAUGAUAGAGGAAGUGUCUAGAGCCCAGUCCUGAUUACUUCCGUCGUUUUCAUAAAAGGAAUGGUGAACAAUGUUUUAUUGUUUCAUAACUGGCCUUGCUUUCUAACUUUUUGUCACCAACAUCUUU